CGCAAGGAUUCCUGGGUAGUUAAAGUGUGCGAAGCCUGCAUCUAUGCGGUCUUUGCGGAAGACCGCUUCAAGGAUACAAAGGAUGCGCAGCUGAGCACACUUCAGAGCGUUUAAAUGCUGAAUGGGACGGCCUACGGACUCGUAGACUCGGCGAGCACGCGCAAUUUAAGCCCACAAGACCACAUGAAGUGCGCCAUUUGGGACAGGCCCUUCGAAGUCCGUGGCCUUCGAAGUGUGCACACUCAUUUUUGGGACACCGCUACAUGUGCAGGGCAGGGGAUCCUCCAGGAAAGGUUUGGGAAGCCCUAGAUAAAUGCACAAAGUAGGCUAAGUGAAUAGGAAAAGCAAAAGCAUUAUAAGUAAAAUAAAUAAAGGCUAUUUUAGGCCAUUUUAUUAAAUAAUGUGGGAUUAUUUUACCUUCAGCCUGGUUCUCGUAGAUCACGUGAUUUUGCAACUACAACAGAAGCGCCACCCAUUGUAACAUCAACUGUUCAGAAGCCUAUGUUCUUAAGCGUUCGUCUGUCUGAAAUAGCUUACGAUAUAAGAAUAUAAGGAUAAGAACAUGGGGAUUUUGAUCAAGUCCAUUCGGAACCUGCGUGAUUCGCCAAGGAACGGACAGGAUGUCAUGUCCACGUGGGAAACUAAAACUGUUUGUAAGACUGUUAAAAUAGAAUAUGAUCGUACGUCUGAACCGUUCACAAAGCCAGAGAUGUCUACUACAAUAGUAAACAGGCUAAGGAAUACAUUAGGAUCAAAGCAAACAUUUCUACAGAAGCAAAACACCUUGGACAAUUUCAACAUUAUAACAGACCUAGCAACACAGUUAAACAGAGUCACAGCAAAGGUUUCUGGAGAGUCCCAAUCUUUUAAUGUGGUUGAUGACUUGAGUUUAGAGGAAUGUAAAGGUUUUAUUUUCAGAUGGUCUAAAGAGCUGAAAUGUUUGAGGUCAAAAUACAAGAACAACAUGGGCAAGAUUUCCACUGAUGGGAAAUUCAGGAGUCUGGAAGCUCUGAACAUCAAAAAGCAUCAAGAUCAGACCCUGAAAUAUGCUCUGAAAGAUUUUCAGUGGUUAAUUUGUAUUUUGAUGUCACUUCCAAAGUCCUCAGUGUGUCAAGAAGGAUGCGCUAGAGUAGAACUGUUGAAUCUUUACAGACAAUGGAAAAAAGGGCAGCUGGUCAACAUGCUUCCGAUUAUGGACUUUAUCAUGAAGACAUUACUUAAGGAAAAGGAUUUCAUUUUGAUACAGAAGCCUCAAAAUAGAUCAGAUGGGAAAAGGUUGACAGUCAUCAUUUGAACGGCAUCUUUUGAAAGACUUAAUUAUCAAAUAUUCAUCUUGGCAUUACCAUAUCACCGAUAUGACCGCUCUCAGGACAUCAUUACCUGUUGGCAGAAAAGAAAACAUUUAAAGUGGUAAAGACGUGUGACUGAUGAUAUCAGAGUGGAUGUAUUGUAAAUUAUUGCUUUUUUAUCUAUAAAGAAUACAAGAAUACUUAUAAUAAACACCUUUAAAUCAA